AUGCCCCGUCUGAAGGCCGCCUCAGUCUCAGAUCAAGUCAUACGAAAGCGGAAACGAACGAUUCGCAACGAAGAUGCGGUUCCAGAAACAACACCGGUUCCUGAAGGCGUUCAGGCAGGCGAAGAGUUGAACGAAACCACACAAGAGACCACGACAACGACAACGACCGUACCUACAAAGACGGUUGAUGGAGGAAAGAAGCCUCGAAGAAUAGCAAAGGCAAAGAAUGGCACCGGAAAGCCACCUUUGGCCCGUCACGGAUCCUCCACGCUCGUCGAGACGGCGAUACCAUGGCCGGAGCACUUCACGAAGCUUGCUCAGGUACAUCGCGCAUUGAACCUCGUAUACACAUUCUGCUGCACGCGCAAGAACCUCGCAACUACCCUCGAAACCCUCCGAACCACGGUCGAAGGACACAUAAAGCGCGAGCUGGUGAUCGAGGAUGUAGCGCAAAUCACGGCAUUGAUUCCGAAAGCAAUCAACUUCGCAUACGUAGACGAGGCAAUGCUACAGAUCAACCUGAUGGGUUCGGAAGACAAUCUGCAGGGACGACGAGCUCAGGACUAUGUCAUCUUAAUGCCCGAGCCGGAUAAGGGCGAGCACAAGGAGGUGCUGCUGUUUGAGUUCAUUGAUGGCGAUCUGAAGCGCCAGGUUCAGCACAAGAAGACCGGCGAGCCGACAAAGGCAACGACGACUCUGCGCAAUGAGGACCUGAAGAUGCCCGUCUUCAGUCAGAAGCAGAUGAUGAACCUGAUCGAGAAAAGGAAUGUGAAAUUCACGUCGGCGGUCAAUGCGUUCCUCAAUCAGUGCGCAGAUGAGGGUGCGGAUGCAGUUGAGAAGAUCAACGAGAUUUCUGUAUCUUUUGUUCCCCUGCCGACUGGGAGUAGAGAUUCAACGCCAGGUUUGGAAAAAUCGCGAAUACCAGCCACGAUACCGACUGAGCGAAAGUCCAUCCCUGAGAUCCUGAACGAGAUCAAAACGCUCGAGUGGUAUACUGGGCAGAUUGUUCCGGAUGGCCAUCGUGUAUUCGACCCACAGGAACCCAUCUAUGGCGACCUGAAUUUCGUCAUGUCUCAGAACCUGGUGAACGCGCUCUACAACACGAGGAACAUUGAACAGCUCUACGCACAUCAAGCUGAAGCUAUAAACAACCUGUACGAUGGGCAUAAUGUUAUUGUAUCUACCUCGACUAGCUCCGGCAAGUCAUUGAUCUAUCAGAUACCUGUAUUACACCAGCUCGAGCAAGAACCUAAUACUCGAGCGAUGUACAUCUUCCCUACGAAAGCAUUGGCUCAGGAUCAAAGGAAGAGUAUGAAGGCGCUUUUGCGAUUCAUGCCUGGCUUCGAAGACGUUCUUGUAGAAACAUUUGAUGGCGAUACGCCAAUGAGUGACCGGAACUACAUCCGCGAUGAAGCCCGCAUCGUCUUCACCAACCCGGACAUGCUGCACAUUACAAUAUUACCCCAAGAGGACGCAUGGCGGUCAUUUCUUCAAAAUCUCCGCUUCGUUGUGGUAGAUGAGCUACACGUAUACAACGGUCUUUUCGGAGCGCACAUGGCCUUCAUUAUGAGGCGUUUACGGAGGGUAUGCGCUGCGGUGGGAAACCGCCAUGUCAAGUUCAUCUCUUGCUCGGCUACAGUCGCCAAUCCUGAGCAACAUAUGAAGACCAUCUUCGGUGUUGAAGAGGUCAAAUUGACCGACUUCGAUGGCUCGCCUUCAGGCCGGAAGGAGUUUCUGUGCUGGAACACACCGUUCAAGGACCCUGGAGACCCUACGUCUGGGCGCGGAGAUUGUAUGGCAGAAACUGCCAAGUUGUUCUGCCAGCUAAUGCUUAGGGGUGUAAGAGCAAUCGCCUUUUGUCGAGUUAGGAAGCAGUGUGAAGCGUUGCUAGCUGCUGUUAGGACAGAGUUAACGAACCUCGAGAGAACGGAAGUCAUAGCCCGGGUUAUGUCAUAUCGGGGUGGGUAUACGCCGCAGGACAGACGAGAGAUCGAGCGAGAGAUGUUCGAUGGUAAGCUCUGCGGUAUCGUGGCUACAAGUGCCCUAGAACUCGGCGUUGAUAUCGGAUCCUUGGAUGCCGUGGUCACAGUCGGCUUCCCUUACACAAUCGCCAAUCUUCGUCAGCAGAGCGGCAGAGCUGGGCGGAGAAACAAGGACUCUCUGUCCGUACUGGUUGGUGACUGUUUUCCCACCGACCAGUACUACAUGUCAAACCCCGACGAAAUCUUCACCAAGCCAAACUGCGCAUUGCAGGUCGAUCUAGAGAAUAUGCUGGUCCUUGAAGGCCACGUACAAUGCGCAGCCCAUGAGUUGCCCAUCAAUAUCGAAACAGACCAGGCAUACUUUGGCCCUCUCCUUCCUAAAAUCGCGCGAGAGCGCAUGCGCAGAGAUAAGGAGGGUUUCUACUACUGUAACGAGCGGUUUCUGCCUCAGCCAUCGCGCUCUGUCGCCAUUCGAGAUACAGAAGAAGACCAUUUCGCCAUCAUCGACAUCACUAAUGGUAAGAAUAUGGUGCUAGAAGAACUAGAGGCAAGCCGCGCGUUCUUCACGUUGUAUGACGGCGGUAUAUUCCUGCAUCAGGGCAAUACGUACCUCGUCAAGGAAUUCAGCCAAGAGCGCAUGCUCGCCAAAGUCGAAUACGUUAAAGUAGACUGGACGACGCAACAGCGGGAUUAUACAGACAUCGACCCAGUGGAGACGGAGGCCAUACGUCGUAUCCCGGGCUCUAGGUCAAAGGCUUUCUACGGGCCCAUCAAGAUCCAGCAAAUCGUCUACGGGUUUUUCAAAAUCGACAAGAAGAGACGCAUUCUAGAUGCUGUACAAGUGGACAACCCGCCCAUCAUACUGUUCAGUAAAGGCAUGUGGCUUGACGUGCCUAAAUCCGCCAUGGACAUAUUGAAAAGCAGGAGACUAAACAUCGCAGCGGGCAUCCACGCAGCCGAGCACGCCGUCCUCUCGCUCAUGCCCAACUUCGUCAUCAGCAUGCCUGGUGACGUGCGCACAGAGUGCAAAGUCCCUGAGAAAGAGUUUGCCCGGAAGGAAUCUCAACGCAAGCGCCCUGCACGACUGACUUUUUACGACGCAAAGGGGGGCGCGGGCGGCUCGGGGAUCAGCACCAAGGCCUUCGAAUUCAUCGACACGUUGCUCGCACAGGCGUGUCAGCGACUGCAGACGUGCCAUUGUCUCGAGGGAUGUCUGGAGUGCUGCAAUGACGAUGCGUGUAAACAGGCGAAUCAGGUCAUGUCCAAGGCUGGGGCUAUGGUCAUCAUCAUGUGUCUGCUCGGCAAGGAGAAGGAGAUUGACAUUGACGCCCUGCCGUGGGGAGAGGAGGAUAGCGUGCAAGCUGGUAUUGAAACUGUUGUGGAGGCGUCGGAGGUGCGGCUGGCUGGUGGAGGGAUUGCUGGGGGGUUGGACGAACAGAUGGUUCGGGCGAAGAUGGUGGAUGACUCACCGCUGGUUACCAGAGCGACCGCGGCGCCCACCCUAGGCGGGCAGUAUUUGCGCUCGACGCACGUCGUGGCCCCCGCUCAAAAACCCCAGAAACAGCCCCUUCAGACGACCGACCGACCCUCACAGUGCAUACACAACUUUCUUGGAAGCUUCAGUAUAUACGUUGUUGUAAACAUCUUCUUUCUAAACACCGAACACAAUGGUAAGCAAGACCCCUUUCCUUUAACGCGCAAUCACAUGGGCCCACUCUGCGCAUCUCGUUGGUUGGCUAGUCGAGCCCGCCUCAACCAAAGUCGUUGCAGCAGCGACGACAGGGCGACACGAGCAGCCAUCCCUUGCUUUGAGCGUGUACUACACGGAUUCCAAACAAGCACUUGUCUGCAUUCUACUUUAAACGGCUUCUUCUUCAUCUUCUACCAAGCCCGCCUUGCUACAACGACGCAGCUCGCGAAGAAAAGAACAGCAAUGGAUAACAACCACCAGGCCUCCACCAACUACCGCGAAGCAUUCCAGCUCUUCGACAAGCGCGGCAACGGCCGUGUAGAUCGCGGCGCGCUGGGCGACUUGUUGCGCGCAUGCGGGCAGAACCCUACACUCGCUGAGAUUACGGAUUUGGAGCGCGGUGUGGGAACAGACUUCGACUUUGAAACCUUCUCCAAGAUCCUCAACCGCCCCGGCGGCUUCCGCGAACCCUUCGACAUUGAAGAAUACAUACGCGGCUUCCAGGUGUUCGACAAGGACCGCUCCGGGUUUGUCGGAAAGGGCCAGAUCAAGUACAUCUUGACGAAUUUGGGGGAGAAGAUGAGCGAGGAGGAGGUGGAUGAGCUGUUCAAGAGCACGAUUGAUGCUAGCAAUAAUGAGGUUGACUACAGGGAGUUCGUGAAGACGAUUGCAGAGAACUAG